AUGUCCGAGCUGAUAGUGGAGGUAUUAGUGAACGGUGAUGAUGUUUCCAUCGCGAAUGAGAUUGAGGUGAUCGAUUUGGAGAGUGAAUCCGGCGAUUUGGCGGACAGAGGGGAGCGAAGGGUGCGUAGCGCAGGCGUUGUUCAGUCGCCCGCGCGACAGCGCAGCCACCGGCCGCGCGCCAUGGACGAAGCCAGAGUUCGAGACCGCGCGCCUCUCACCGUCAUAGUGGCUCCCAGCAACGCAUCCCCACCACGGCUCUCCCCAGCCGACCUCCUGCCAGACGGCGACGCGGCCUUCCACCCCCUCUCGGCAGUUAACGGCCGUCUGACUCCACCGGGGUUAGAACCAGCGUCAUACGCCACACUAACUCCUCUCCUCCCGUUACCCCCCAUCAGUACUGUAUCGGACAAAUUCGCCUAUCAUGCAGGCGGCACGUUUACAGUUAUACAACAACAGCAUUCGUAUGCGUCAUUGUCCCCGGCGGCGUAUAAUGAACCGUUGUCGCCACAAUCGGCAUAUAGCCGGCGGAGUGCGUCGCCCAAUUCCUUCGAAAGACGGUCCCCUACGCCGCCCCUGCCGAGCCCCGGGCUAGAUCUCAACGCUGCGCUGCUCGCGAGGGAAGAAGCUCAACAGCAAACCCAAUCACAACAGAACGACACAGAGGAAAUCAACACUAAAGAGUUAGCUCAAAGGAUAAGUGGAGAAUUGAAGAGGUAUUCGAUACCGCAGGCCAUUUUCGCUCAGAGGGUCCUAUGUAGGUCGCAAGGCACGCUGAGCGAUCUGCUACGGAACCCGAAGCCGUGGUCGAAGCUAAAGUCGGGGAGGGAAACGUUUAGGCGGAUGUGGAAAUGGCUGCAAGAGCCCGAGUUUCAGAGGAUGUCGGCGCUACGGUUAGCAGCGGCUCAAAUUCCACAGAGAGGCAGCUGCAAACGCAAGGAGGAUGUGCCAUCGGAUACCCAUCCUUCUCCGAAGAAGCCUCGUUUGGUUUUCACAGACCUUCAGCGGCGUACUCUACAAGCUAUUUUUAAGGAGACAAAGAGACCCUCGAAAGAAAUGCAAGUGACGAUAGCUAGGCAGUUGGGCUUAGAGCCGACGACAGUAGGUAACUUCUUCAUGAACGCGCGCAGACGUUCAAUGGACAAGUGGCGGGACGACGACACGCCAUCCAACGAGCUGGAUCAGCAGUGCGAUCCUCACGACCUGGACCACGUGCCCAGCCUGGACUCGGCGGACUCCGAGGAAGACCACGACGACCAGGACGAGCACCUCUUGUGA